AAUGUCAGCACGAAAUGACAGCCGAAGUGUCGAAAAGUGACAGCUGGGUAGUGUAAAAAUUUUUGUUGGUCGCGACUGAGACUGGCAUUUUUAUUAGAAAAAUCCGGCAGAAUUUGUCUCAAAUUAGCAUUAGUCCACUGAUUAUGUUACCAUUUAGUAGUUACUAGGUGUGGGUUGUGUACUUAGUAUGUGAUUUUGCCGUGAGAGUGAUGAAAAAGUGUAUCGGCAUAAUCGACCAAGCCCACUUCAGUGGCGUUUGCCUUUUUCUCAUUUUUCUCAUUCUUCUGCCCUUUUCCUGCACAUUUCCGGCUGCCCAAGAAAUAGCCGAAUUUGCUGCAGUUGUGGAUACUAACACCAGUUUCCUGUGUUCAACACGAACUGAGAGGAUUCUGUGGACGAAAAAUGGGAAGAAUAUCACAAAGAGUGACAAGAGAUACGUGGCUCAAGUGAAGGAGAUCAACGAUGAUGACACCGUUGCUGAUAAGUUUUCCCAGGAGUUAACGAUCAAUCGAGUAAACCUGAAAGAUCAGGGCAACUACACUUGUAUUGAUACAGAAGAUGGAAUGCAAAAGCAUUUUUUCCUACAACCAAUAAUCCCUCCAAAAAUCGUUGCAAAGAGCAAUACCCGUAUCCGCACCAAUAUGAAUAAGGAUGUUACCCUGUUCUGCCUCGUUGAAGCCUUCCCGCCCGAAGAGUAUAAGAGUUCCAUCGAGUGGCGGAAGGAGGAUGUGGAGGGGAUGGAUUUUGCUGCGGUGAAGGAAAUCAACCUAAAUCUCAGCAACAAAACACGAAUCAAACAGAUAAAUGAAACAAGGAUGAAUGUGACGCUGAAUCUCGAGAGUGUUUCGAAGAAACACAAUGGUACCUACAUCUGCAGAAUUCUAAUCCCCCGGACAGGAGCUGAAAUCACCGGGGAGUCUUCAAUAUUUGUCCUGGAUCGUCCAGAAGUUCGUGUGGACUUUGUUAAGGCAGUCGGAGCAAAUAAAAUCUUCAUGAACUGGACGGUAAAUGAUGGAAAUGAUCCGGUGCAGCAGUUCUACAUCCAGUACCGAAAAGAAGGAGAUGAAACUUUUACCUACUACAAAGAUAGGAUCAACGGAAAAAACCAAUCUUGCGUCCUGGAAAAUUUUGAUCCUUCAACAAAUUAUCAAUUCAGGAUUUCGGCGCAGAAUAAAAUAGCAAUGGGACCAGUUUAUAUUCAUCCCCUAUGGGUUAAGACCCUGGAGAAAGAUCCAGUUUUCAUCCCAUCAAUUGAAGUCAAAGGCAACACUCAUUCAACAAUAACCAUCGGAUGGACGCCACCUCCGCCGGAUCUCCUGGAAUAUAUCCAGUACUACGAUCUUGUAGUUGUCAAUGCAGAAAACGCUUCGGAAGUCAAGGAAGCUAUUCAUCUACAAAACUCCCGGAACCUUCCUUACAUGUUUGAUGGAUUGCGAACUGCAGCAGAAUACAAUUUCCGAGUAAGGGCUUGCAGUGAGUUAACGAAAGCUUGUGGAAACUGGUCAGAAUCUGUAACUGGAACUACAAUGGAUGGGAUCUCAUCGGAACCCAUCAAUCUAAAAAUUUCCUGUACUCAUUACAAUAUCACUCGAAAGAACUCUGUUGAAGUGACCUGGGAGCCACCAGUGAAGAAAAACGGAAAGAUUAUCUCGUAUCACGUUGUCCUGAGUGGCGUAGCAACUUUCCGGAGCGAUCAGACUCUCAAGAACGAGACCUUCGGACCCAAAACCAAGAGCAUCGAUGAGAAAUCCUUCAGAAAAGCAACGUACGAGGGUAUUCCUCCCAACACUAACUAUACAGUUCAAGUCCAGGCUGUGACCAGAAGUAAGAAGCCCGGAGAUCCUGCAACACUCAGUUGCGUUAUGCCACCUACAGUUCCAGAUGUUAUCGGAAAGUUCCUUUGGGGAAAGGUCAAGACGGAGACUAAUGAGUGGGUGUUUAAGCUCAAUCUUCCAAGGAUAUCCGAACGAAAUGGACCAAUUUGCUGUUAUAGAAUCUACAUGGUACGCGUAGCCAAGGAUGAGAUUAUCAGAAAUCUCCCACUUCCAGAAGAUCUCGAUGUUAUGACUUACCAUGAAGUUCAUGCGAACAACAAUACCAAAGGAGGAGCUUACAUUGCUGAAGUGAUGACUGACAGAAACUUCCACUCAGAGAUCUUCUUAGGAGACGGAAAGCGGAUGAACGGGAAUGUAACGGAAGAGGAAGAGACUGAAGCCUGCAGAAAGUGCUUAGAGGGAGCAAUCUGGAGGUCACCUGCAAAGAAACGCACAACUACAACUACGACUACAACAACAACUUCCACUCCGAAACCAAUUCUUCCAGAGGACAUACCUACAUUUCAACCCGUAGCAGAAAGUGCAACCGAAGAGGUUCAAACAACUGUUCAGGUUGCAAAUCGUCGGAGACGCAGAAGGCAACACUUCGAUGAGUUACUGAAUGCCAUGCUAGAGGAUAAGACUACAACGGAAGGACCACAAACAAAUGAAGCCACUUUGUUUAGUGUCUUCGAUGGACAGUUGGAUCUUAAGAGUGAAUAUACUGGUUUUGUAGAAGUGAUCGUUAAGAAUCGUCAAGGGGAUAAGGAUCAAGUCCUAUCAUCCUACAGUGAAUACUUCCAAAUGAUGCAAGCAGGAGCUCCUCCAAAUAUCGAUGACAAUAACGACAACAUGACGUAUAUCUUAGCGCUUGUUGUACAGAUCCUACUUGCCCUGAUUGUCAUAGUGCUGUUCCUGCUUAUGACUCUAUGCAUCGUUCACAGAUAUUACACAAAGAACGUUGCCAGAGGAGACGAAGCUAUAAGUCUCAGGGAAUCCUUGAGAGCUCUCUGCGGUGGAAGGACUCAAAGCAACCAUCACAGACACUUGAUUGGCACUCCAUCAUCAAAACCACCGGAUAUACCUCCAAUACCCAAAUCCGAUAUGACCCAGGCUUACGUGAGUCGUCACAAGGACUCAGACUAUGGAUUUCAGCAUGAGUUUGAAAUGCUUCCGGACAGAUUCAGUGAUCGUACGACAAAGAAUUCUGAUGCCAAAGAAAAUUCCGGGAAGAACAGGUAUCCGGAUAUUAAGGCUUAUGAUCAGACAAGGGUCAAACUGUCCACUGUAAACUCAAUUAUCGGAUCAGAUUACAUUAAUGCAAAUUUUGUGCUGGGCUACAAAGAAAGAAAGAAGUUUAUCUGUGCUCAAGGUCCAAUGGAUGGGACCGUGAAUGACUUCUGGCGAAUGAUUUGGGAACAGCAUUUGGAAAUCAUAGUGAUGCUGACAAAUCUUGAGGAGUACAACAAGACCAAAUGUGCAAAGUAUUGGCCAGAAAAAGUUAAUGAUUCCACUCAAUUUGGGGACAUUUCGGUGACUUUUGUGACCGAAGAACGCUUCUCAGACUACUUGGUGAGAGAACUAAAAGUCGUGAAGAGGAGUAAUGGAUAUGGAGAUGAAGAGGAAGAUCGUAGGUACAUUACGCAGUACCAUUACCUUAUGUGGAAGGAUUUCAUGGCACCAGAACAUCCGCAGGGUAUUAUAAAGUUCAUCAAGCAAAUCAAUGCUGUGUACUCGCUUCAACGGGGUCCCAUUUUGGUCCACUGCAGUGCAGGGGUUGGCCGUACGGGUACUCUAGUUGCGCUGGAUUCGCUUACGCAGCAACUGGAUGAGGAAGGUCAUGUAGCCAUCUUCAAUACAGUAUGCGACAUGCGUCAUCAACGCAACUUCCUAGUGCAAUCCCUGAAGCAGUACAUCUUCCUCUAUCGUGCUCUCAUGGAGAUUGCCCAGUUCGGUAGUACAGAACUCCCAUGCAAGGGUUUGGGUGCAGCCGUGGAGACGCUCAAGAGUCGCCAGGAUAGCAAGGAACAGUGUCAAUUAGAGCUGGAAUUUAGUAAGAUUAAGGCAGCAGUGGAUGACACAAAAAAGACCUGCGUAGUGGCGAGUGGAGAUGAAAACCGAUGCAAGAAUCGCAGUGAUAGUGUUUUGCCUUUCGAUAGAAAUCGUGUCAUACUGACACCAAUCCCUGGAAGGGAUCACUCCACCUACAUCAAUGCCAGCUUCAUCGAGGGCUACGACAAUGCUGAGUCCUUCAUCAUUGCCCAGGAUCCACUUGAGGGCACCAUUGGAGACUUCUGGCGGAUGGUGUCUGAACAAAGUAUUAAUACGCUGGUCAUGCUCUCUGAGAUUGGCGAUGGUCCAAAGAAGAGUCCACGGUACUGGGCAGAUGACGAAAUCCAGUAUGAUCAUAUUUCGGUCAAGUACAUCCAGAGUGAAAGCUGUCCGUACUACACAAGGCGGGAGUUCAACGUGACCAAUGUAAAGAUCGACGACACGAUUCAAGUGACACAGUUCCAAUACAACGGAUGGCCAACUGUGGAUGGUGAGGUGCCUGAGGUCUGUCGGGGCAUCAUUGAACUGGUAGACCAGGCUCUCAAACACCACAACAGCCAGAAAGCGUACAGCCAGUCGAGUCCAAUAGCUGUUCACUGCAGCUUCGGAUCCGACCGUAGUUCAAUCUUUGUGGCCAUGUGCUUCCUUGUGGAGCAAUUGCGUGCAGAGAAGAGGGUUGAUAUUUGCACGACCGUGAGGAAAUUGCGUUCUCAACGCAAUGCUAUGAUCGACACCUAUGCACAAUAUGAAUUUCUGCAUAGAGCCAUCGUCAACUACGCUGAUCUCCAUCGAUUAUCUCUAGAAUCUCCCUCCGACUGAUUGAGAUAUGUCUAGAUCAUUGUUUUUUACAUCCUUCAAAAAUACUUCAUUUCUUUUCGGGCAAGUUUUUUUAUUAAUUCUUUUUAUUGUGUCCUUCGCAAGAGGGUGAUAUUUUUCAAAAAAAAAAGGAUAAAACGUUAUUAUUUUUAUGUAGAUGAGAGAAAGUGAGACCAAAAAAACAAUCCUCAAAAUAUAUUUAAACUUUAUGAAACUUUUUUUGAUAUGAAAAAAAAAAUACUAUCAGCGAGAGAAAAUGCAAUUGAUUUUAUUUGAGUGAGAUUUUAGGAAUCACGAAGGAAGGAAAUAGAAUAUUUGGCCAUAUAUUUUAUACAAGAAACAAUUAUUAAAAAAAAAAGUGAAACAAGAUUAUUAGAUUUAGGUAAUAAAGUUUUUGCUUUAGAUCCCCAUCUUGUAGUGGAAUUUGCAAUCGCAUUAAUUUUUAAGGUGAACUCUAGAACCCAAUUUUUUGUACAUAAUUUAUUUGUAAUGUUUUUUUUUAUAAUUCUCUGUUUUAAAUUCUUUGUCUUUUUUACAAAAGAAAAAGAACUGUGCCCAAAAAAAUUUUUCGGGAUGUGUGAUUUCUUAGAGAGAGGCUUUUUCUUAACCCAUCACACAUAAAUUUUAUUCUCUAUCGAUAUUUCAUUUAGAAAACGAAAAAAUUAUGUUUCUUUUUUUAAUAACUACUCAGAAAAAAAAGGAGAUAUUUUGUAAAGAAAAAAAUAUAUCUUCGAGACUCUCUUA